CUGCAAGAUUUGAAUGUGCCCCAGAAUCGGUCUCACUGACCACAGCAGGUACCCAGGGCAGGAAACCGAGCAGGACCCACAGCAAGUGUGGAGGCAAGACACAUCAAAGCGGAGAUGGGAAGUGAAAGAGCGCUCGUUCUGGACAGAUUAGCAAGCAAUGUGGCAAAACGGAAAAGCUCAAUGCCUCAGAAAUUCAUUGGGGAGAAGCGGCACUGCUUUGACAUCAACUACAACCCCAGCUACGCCUAUGAGAAGGAGACUGAGAUAAUGCAGACCCGAAUGAUGGACCAAGCCAUCAACAGUGCAAUCAGCUACCUUGGGGCUGAAGCCCUGCGCCCCUUAGUCCAGACGCCGCCUGCUCCCACCUCUGAGAUGGUCCCAGUUAUCAGCAGCAUGUACCCUUUAGCUCUCACCCGGGCUGAAAUGCCCAAUGGGGCCCCCCAGGAGCUGGAAAAGAAAAGGAUGCUCCUACCAGAGAAAAACUUGCCUUCUGAACGAGGUCUGUCCCCCAACAAUAGUGCCCACGACUCUACAGACACUGACAGCAACCACGAGGAUCGCCAGAAUCAUGGCUACCAGCAAAGCCACAUGGUCCUUCCCCAGGCCCGCAACGGGAUGCCACUUCUGAAGGAGGUCCCUCGCUCCUUUGAACUCCUGAAGCCCCCUCCCAUCUGCCUGAGAGACUCCAUCAAAGUGAUCAGCAAAGGAGGGGAGGUGAUGGAUGUGUUCCGGUGUGACCACUGCCAUGUCCUCUUCCUAGAUUACGUAAUGUUCACCAUCCACAUGGGCUGUCAUGGCUUCCGUGACCCUUUCGAGUGUAACAUGUGUGGCUACCGAAGCCACGAUCGCUACGAAUUCUCCUCUCACAUUGCCAGAGGAGAACACAGAGCCAUGUUGAAGUGA